AUGGGAUUUGCAGGAGCUCUAAGGAACAUUGUUCGCCCUCUCUCGCUUGCAUCAUCAAGAACCUUACCUUCUCGAAUCUCCACCAAUGCGGCACUGUUCUGUCCUGCUUUGCCAUCUCCCUGCAAACCUCCCCAAUGGAUUCUUCCCCUCCAGAAUCACUUCCACAGCUUGACAGACAGCAUGACAGACACUCGUUUCCCAAAGAGACGGCCUUCUGACAAACCUCGUCGAAAGAGGGCCACUUUGAGACCUUCCGGGCCUUAUGCUUGGGUUCAAUAUACACCUGGCCAACCCAUACUUCCAAGUAAGCCCAAUGAGGGGAGUGUCAAGAGGAGAAAUGAGAAGAAACGCAUCAGGCAGCGCCGUGCCUUUAUAUUGGUGCGCUCUCCCUUUACCCUGUACAAAUUAAAAUUUGGAGACUUCAUAGGGGAGGGAGAAACUGGAAAUAAGAAUGCAUUGAAAAGAGGGGGAAGGGAGCAACUGCAAAUAGAGCAGGCGGAAAAGAAGAAAAGGAAAGCUCAGCUGCAAGAGGCCAAUCGAAAAAAAAAUAUUCAGAGGGUAGAACGUAAAAUGGCUGCAGUUGCAAGAGAAAGAGAGUGGGCAGUAAGACUGGUUGAGUUGCAGCGACUCGAAGAAGAGAAGAAAAAAAUCUAA